AUGUUUCAAAUCGGCUGGGUAAUACUUGCUUUCAUCUACGCUCAAGCCGUGGGUAUAUGCGCAAGCGCCAAUUGCCUUUCAGGAUAUCGCAAUGCUGUUUAUUUUACAAACUGGUCUAUAUACGCUCGGGGAUACCAUCCUCACGAUCUUCCCGCAGAGCAGAUCAGCGUUCUCCUCUAUGCAUUUGCUAACGUGCAGAGCGACGGUUUGGUGGUCUCCUCUGAUUCUUUUGCGGACCUUGAGAAGCCAUAUGACGGCGAUUCUAGGAAAAAGUGCGAGAACGACGUCUGCGGAUGCGUGAAACAGCUAUAUCUCCUCAAAAAAACCUACCGCAAGCUUAAAGUGCUCCUUAGCAUCGGCGGGGCGACAUAUUCAAGCAACAUUGCUGCGGCCGCUGCUACCGAAGCAAAGAGAGCCCUCUUUUCACGAAGUGCGAUCGCCCUGAUGAAAGACUGGGGGUUUGACGGGCUUGAUAUUGAUUGGGAGUAUCCCGUUAAUGAAAAGGAGGCGCAAGACUUCGUCCUACUAUUGGGCAAACUACGGUCGGAGAUGGAUUCAUACGCAAGCCAGUAUGCGCCUGGCUACCAUUUUCUCUUAACGAUAUCGUCACCCGCUGGGCCUUCGAAUUACGACAUAUUGCCGCUCAGUAAGAUAUCGGAUAUUAUUGAUAAUUUCAACCUGAUGUCCUACGACUAUUCCGGUCCAUGGAGCUCUAUGACGGGACACCAAGCCAAUUUGCACUCAAGUCCCAUCAAGCCUAACUCGACACCGUUUUCUACAGAUGCCGUCGUCGAGGACUAUAUAUCCAAGGGCGUGCUGCCUACCAAGAUUCUUCUUGGUAUGCCCGUGUACGGCAGAGCAUUUCAGCAGACUGGUGGGCUCGGCCAGGCCUACUAUGGCGCGGGCAACGGGUCGUGGGAGCAAGGCGUGUGGGACGCCAAGGCCCUGCCACGACCUGGGGCGAUGGAGUAUCACGACACGGCAGUUGGUGCCAGUUACAGCUACGACACAGAUACCCAGGAGCUCAUAUCCUAUGACAGCCCGUCAGUGACCAGACAGAAGGUUGCGUAUAUUAUUGAGAGCGGGUUAGGUGGGAGUAUGUUCUGGGAGGCGUCUGCCGACCGAGGUGACGAGACAGGACUUAUCCACGCCAGCUUCAACGCUUUAGGAGGGGCCGCCAAUGUAGACUGUUCUGAAAACCUGCUGCAUUAUCCCAACAGUCGAUAUGCAACUAUCCGCAAUGGAUGA